AUGAAUAUAGGAAUGCAACGGUCGGUGGCCAUAACUAUUCCAACGACGCAAAGGACGACUUCCAACUCGUCAAACUCGUCACAAGGAUCUACAUCCUCUUCAUCUUCUCAAUACUCGCAAUCGGCACCAACGAAACCAUCAUUUGAACCUACGAACUUUACUCAAGUCGACCUGACCGACAACGAGAGAUAUAUCAAGCUACUAUCAAACAGCGGCGGCUUCAAGUGGUCGAUUGACGUGUUGGCUCCCAGGUACCGCGACAGAUAUACAAACCAGAAGGAUCUCGAUGAAGUACCAGUCCAGGUGAUCAGUCUGGACGAUUGA